GAGGCCUUUGAUACCUGCCUCAGUAAUGCUGUUGGAGUUUCCAAUUCAAGUAUCAUCCUUGACAGCGCCCUGAGGGCAUCAAGUCAUUACCAAAGCCACGGUUACAAUACCCCACCAUCACAUGGACGUCUGAACGGUACCAGAGGCGAUGGAUGGUGCGCCGAAAUAAAUGACAAAGAUCAGUGGCUUCAAGUCGAUCUCGGGAAAAUUAUUGAAGUGUGCGCUGUUGCAACCCAAGGAGACAUCAAUGGCAAUGAAUGGGUGAUAGACUUUAAACUAGCGUACUCUAAAUCCUAUGAGAAAGUAUGGCCAACUUAUAAGGAUGCUAACGACUCAGAAGUGGUACGAUUUGCGCCAAAAUGUUGUGAAAUGUGA